GUAUAGGAAUGAUCGGCGUGCAGAGGAAGACUUGCACCUUCUCCACUUUACGCAGCCAAAUGCACCACUUUCCGAGCUCUUCAUCGCCUCAUGCUUGGAGUUUCCCGUUAAUGGGGCGACACUGAACUCUUUUAAUUGCCGAGCAGCUUUUCAGAAAGACGUUUUGUGAGCAGCGCUGAUGUGAAAAAUAAGGAGACAUGUCAGCCGCUCAAGGACUUCUCAACAGCGUCUUCUCCUGCUCAUCUCCUGCCUCCAAAGCCAUCACCAAACGGAGGCUACGCCAAACCCGCAGCCUGGACCCUGCUAUCAUAAGACACUGCGGCACCGGGACCGAUGGAGUAAGUGGGUUUUCUGGAGACGCAGGUGCGUCUCCGGAGCGCUUGGCUGUGAAACCGGCUUUACGCACGAAGAUUCCGACCCUCAAGGAACCCAUAACCCCCUCCAUCUCCUCUCCUUCCAUCCCUCUGGAUGUUUCUCCAUCCUCCAACUUCCACUUUGACUAUGACAUCGUGAAGCGUGCCAAAAGGAAUACCGCCGGGGAUUUACCGUUUAUGGUGAGGGGAGCCGGCGCAGCGCCGUCCGGGAGCACCGGCACGCUCUUCUCUCCACGGAGGUGGCUUCAGAGGAAAGCGCAGCCGUCCAGCUCUCACGCUUACGUUGUGUGGAAAUCAGAGGGUGAUUUCACCUGGAGCAGCCUGUCGGGGCGGAGCGUCCGUCUCAUGCCAGUUGCCAUCCAGAGCCUGUCGGAGCUGGAGAGGGCCAGGCUUCAGGAAGUAGCCUACACCCGUUUGCACCAAGACUACGACCUGGGAUGUCAGAUAACGAUGCCAAAAGAUGGACAGAAGAGGAAAAAGUCACUGAGGAGGAAGUUGGACUCUCUAGCGAAAGAGAAGAGUAAAGACAAAGAAUGCGUACCCCAGGCCUUCAGCAUACCCCUCUCCCAGGUCAUCGCUAAUGACAGAACACACAGGCAGCGUCAGGAUGGUUAUCGUCAGGACCCUCCACAGCGGGAGGAGCACAAAGACCCCUCUGAUCUCGUCUCAUCCAUUUUACAGUUUGCCACCAAGCGGCCGUCCAACAAGGAGUUAUCCAGCAGCAACUCCUCGCUCAGUUCCACGUCGGAAACAGCCAACGAGUCGACAUCACCGAACACCCCUGAAGCUGCACCACGAGCCCGCAGGAGGGGAGGCAUGUCGGUGGACUCCAUCACGGACCUGGACGACAACCAGUCCCGCCUGCUCGAGGCGCUGCAGCUCUCCCUGCCGGCCGAAACGCCGAGCAAAAAGGAGAAGCACAGGGACAAAAGGCUGAGCCUCAAUCCCAUUUACCGUCAGGUGCCCCGGGUGGUCGACAGCUGCUGUCAGCACAUCGAGAAAUAUGGUUUGCAGACUGUGGGGAUCUUCAGAGUGGGAAGUUCCAAGAAGAGAGUCCGACAACUACGUGAGGAGUUUGAUCGAGGCAUUGAUGUCCAGCUGGAUGAGGAGCACAGCAUUCACGACGUGGCUGCUCUACUGAAAGAGUUCCUCAGAGACAUGCCCGACCCUCUUCUCACCAAGGAGCUGUACACGGCCUUCAUUAACACCACAUUGUUGGACUCCGACGAGCAGCAAAGCGUCACUCAACUCCUGGUCUACCUGCUCCCAGCAUGCAACAGCGACACCUUUCACCGUCUCUUGGAGUUCUUGUCCACCGUGGCCGACCAUGCCCACGACCAGCAGGACAAAGACGGACAGGAGAUCACAGGGAACAAGAUGACGUCUCUAAAUCUCGCCACUAUCUUCGGCCCCAACCUGCUCCACAAACAGAAGAGCUCUGACAAGGAGUUCAGCGUCCAGAGCUCGGCCAGGGCCGAGGAGAGCACUGCUGUCAUCGCCGUGCUGCAGAGGAUGAUCGCUAGCUACCAUACGCUCUUCAUGGUACCUCCUGAUUUGCAAAAUGAGGUUUUGAUGAGCCUACUGGAAACCGAUCCAGAUGUGGUGGACUACCUUCUGAGGAGAAAAGCCUCACAGAGUCCUGAUCUGUUGCAAGCAGAAGAGACCUUCAACCUCAGCGAGCGACGGUCAUCUAGCGACUCUAACAAGGCGUCCAGUGGCGAAGUGUCUCCGUAUGACAACAACUCCCCGGUACUAAGCGAGAGGCGAGGAGAAACAGGAAGCCCGGCUAGCGAACAGCUCUUCCGGGUCCCAGAACAGUACUCUCUGGUAGGGCAGGUGGCCGGAUGGAAUAGAGACCCUGGUGCCGACUCCUGGGGCUCCAAAGAGGAGCAUGCUAACAUUUGGGGCACAUGGCACAGUACCCUGAAGCCAGCACUGAAGAGCCAAACAUAUACAGGUUCCCAUGGCAACAUGUCAGAAGGAAGCUCCCGCAGCUCACAGGAAGGUCUUGAUGGACUCCAUGGUGACGGCAGGCAGCAGACAACGGUACAACGGACUCAGACGGAGUGCAGACCCCACCCGCCAGUCACCCGAGUGUGCACCACCCCACACGUGGAGUCGGGGCGGACGCGCCUGCAGCUAAACAUCAACCCCUCCAUGACUGCACACCUCAACAGCAUGCAGGGCCUCCAGCGGGGGAACUCCCGACCUCAAGGUGGGGUGAAUGCUGGCGAAGGCGGCCCUCCUCCGCCUUACAACGCCCACCAUCGACUGGCUAGCUCGCAGAGCUCGCCUCUGCUCGCGACGGCUCCGCAGCCCCCCCUGCAGCACGGGAAGCCGAGCGCAAUGCAGAGUAACUCCACAACGGACGCCCAAAUGGUGCCGCAGAGUCCAGAGUGGCAGGACUGGCAGAGGGACCGCUGGCAGAUCUGGCAACUGCUAUCCUCAGACAAUGCCGACACACUGCCGGAAACACUGGUGUGAUCUCUCAGCUUGCCUGUUCGUCCGUGGAUCCCCCCCCCCCAUCUCCAGCGUUCGUUGUUUACGUGUGCAGCUGCUGCCUCAUACAGACUUUUACAUCCAAGAGCCACUAGUAUUUCUCGUUUUGUACAGAUGUUUGAAAAAAAAAAAAAGUUGCUUCUGUUCCUAUAUAGGCCCAUAUGUUUUGUUCAUAAUGGAGCAUUGUAAAAAGAGAAAAAAUGCCCACCAGAAAUACCUCAAAAAGUGAUCCUUUCAGAAUGUUUCUAUUCUGACUUUAGUCUUCAUUUCUCAAAGGAGAAUGGUAGGAAAACACUUUCAUGGCAUCAUUUUUUUCACCAUACAGACACUAAGAUGUACGCGUUAGUAAUUGCUGCUAAAUGUUUUUUGUGUGUGUGCAUACUAUUAAUGUAAUUCAGCCACGUCUUUCGACAAAGAUCAAAUGUCGAAUAACUUUUCAGUGAUGAUUACAUUUGAGUGUAUAUAUCUGUGUAUACACAAAUUGUUGACAUACAUACGUAAACAAUAUAUGUAAAUUGAUAUGUAAAGUAUAUAAUUUGCCUAUAAGUAUCUACCUAAACCUAAGUCAACCCCUUAACUGGCAGUCUAGAUGUUGGUGUUUGUCAGACUGCUGCUUUUGUCUGUAAUAUUGAAUGUAAAAUGCUUCACUUCCGGCAAAACGCUUAAUUAUAAAGCACUCAGCUGUAAGUUUGCUUCUACUUUAUGCGCUCUUGCCACCUGCUGUAGUGCAGGAAUAUUGAGCCAAAGUCUCUCUUUUUUUUUUUUUUUUUUUUUUUUUUUUUAAUUUAAACUUUCAAAAUCUUUUUCACUCCAGGAUAUCUGUCGUAAAGUUGUGUAUAUUUCAUCCACAAUAUAAGACACAAGAGCUAGGACAUUGGCAGGUUUUUGGCGAUAAUUUCAGCACGCUAGGUUAGGAAGACUGAAUUUCCAAUUGAAAAAAAAAAAAAAGUUUUUUGAACAUUAAAGAUCACAGACAUUUUCCAGGAGACCCCAAACAUAAAAUUCUGAACUUGACAAUUUGCAUAUGGGCUCUUUAAUUAAGAUGACGCCUCAGUCACCCACAGUGGUAAGUUUGUAUGCAUGCCAGAGUCAGUGUUAAGUCUGGAAAUUAGAUAUAUGGCAAAUAGUAUGUUCAAAUAAUUCUUAGCGGGAACAUUGAUGAAGCUGACGUAGACAAUUUGAUCUAUUUACUCUUAAAAACGUUCAAAAAGCCACAAAUUAUUUGAAGGUGUUAUUUAAUAGAAAUUUCUACUGAAAGUAUUCAUGUUGCUACUAUCAUAACCUAAUCAAAAACUAUCAACGUCAGCUCUCACACAGUAUGAUGAUAUUCACAGUAAUACCUUAGUAUGAAUGACUGAAUAUACCAACUAGGUAUGGACCUGGGAGGCUUUUAUGAAUUUUCCCUAAAAGAUUCAUAGAAGUGUCACAAUUCAUUAGUGGUCCAACUGUGGUGCUAAAGAAUAAGAAAGUUUCCAUGUGUUUUUUUUCCCCUCACUUAAAAGUCUCAGUGGCAUUGCUGAUGCAGGUGGAAAUGUACUUUCUGAAUAUUUUAAUAAUCUCCACCCACGGCCAACCUGUCCACCUCCUCUCAGAUGUCACAGUCAAGUGGGUAUUUGCUGGCAAAUAUGUCACAUUUUCUUCAGCUAAGGUGUAGUAUUUGCUCGUAUAAAGAUAGGAAGCCGUUUCAGCAUUAAAUGUUGGGAAAAGAACGAAAUUUGACAUCUUUUUUUCUUUGUCACUUUGAGAAGACAAUGGAAGACUAGGAGGGUUUGUUUGAAGGGCUGUGGCGCCAUCUACUGUCAGAUCAUGCACAAUGGAAUAUUUCUGCUUCUCACUGUUUCCAUGGGAAUCCAUCCAUCCAUCCAUGCUCCGUUUAGAAUAAAAGCUUGUGAUUUUAAGCACCUUUUGUGAAAAUGUGCAAAUCAAUGAAAGGAAAUAGACGUGCCAUCGGUCCCACUCUUAAAAGUCGUUUCUCCAUGUAUUGUUCAAGGUUCAUAUUUUGUGAUUUUUUUUUUUUAUAUGUAUUACUUUGUUUUCUGUCGAGUGUUGUAAUAUAUAAAUACUAUAUAACAGUUUUUUAUUCAAGAAGAUAAAAAUAAUAAAUAAAAAAGACAGUAACCCUCAUGGUCCUAGUUUUCCCCCCAAAUCAACAUGUUAAUGUUUGUCUUAUUGACUUCACUAUGAAACAAACUUAGUGCUAUGGUGUUUUGUUUUGGUUUUUUUUCCUUUCAUUUUGUUGUUUUAUAUUUCAGUGGGGUUUACUGGGUCCAAGUUGUAAUGGAAUGUCUUGUAAUUGCUUUUGUACUUGCGUGUCAUCAUCAAUAUGCUACAAUGGAAUUAAAUAUGAUAAAGUUUA